AUGGAUUACCUUCGCGAAAUCGCAGAGGCUCAUUACUAUGCUGGAUCAAAAAAGAGUCAGAAAUUGGCUCAUGAAUCCUUCGAUGCCAUGGAUGAGGAUGGAAGCGAGGAAGUUGAUAUCUCUGAAUUCAAGGAGUUUCUGAGAGAAGAAGGCUACGAACAAUAUGCGAAGAAAGGGCUGUUCAAGAGACUGGACAGGGACGGGAAUAAGGGGUUGGAUUUUUGGGAAGUGAUGACUCUCUACUAUAUUAUCAGUGGGAGACCAUUUUGUGCAGGCUGUGACAAGUUCUUAACGUCUGUGUAUUUUGCAUGUGUGGAGUGCUUUGACAGGUCCAGCGGGCCUUUCUGUAUGUGUACCGGCUGUUAUAGAGACCAGGGGUAUGAUCAUUCUCAUCGGCACACCCAAAAUCCGCGGUUCUUGGACAAUUAUAGUCUGCUGGAAGCCCACAGAUUGUCUGCUGUUAACCAGCCAAGAGGACAUCAAGUGGAACGGUCUUCGUCAAAUGCAAUGGUUACUUAUUCCCCUUCUUCUUCCUCUUCACGUUCAUCAUCAUCAUCACGUUCUUCCUCAUCUCGUGCCAUAGUUGUGGCGCCAAGUGGAAGUCAGAGGGAUGGUCGUAGCAGCCUGCUGAGCAAGGCAUACAAGGCUUUUGAGAUGGGAGUCACUGUUGCCAGCGUUGGUUCGGGCUUCGGUUGUUCGAUUAUGUGAUCAAUAUAUACACAUAAAUAAAGCUGCUGGAUUUAUUUUAUGGGCUAUUCUUGCUGAUUUAAUUUCAAUGCUUAAUUACUUGCCUACUUUCAUUUCAUAACAAUACUUCACAAUCAUGAUCCAUGUGAUUAUAGAUAUCUUUAUCUUAUUAGUCAUCAUUUGUUAUUCUUCUUUUUGAUUGUCAGAAGUUCAUGAAUUAGAUAAAUAAAUAAAUUUUUAUGUCUGAUCAAUUGCAUCA